AUGUACAACUAUCGGACUGAUGAGGAGCGAUUUGUGAGCGAGCGUCGCGACGCCAUUUUAGCACCUGAUCAGUAUCAGUACGUAGCUUCGUCUGCGUUUGAAGACCUACCGAUUCACAUUGACACCGAACGUGAUCGUUCAGCGCCAGGUGCUCGUGUACGAAACGGUCUUCCGUUCGACGAAACCCUAUCUCCGUACUUCCCAAACCGAAAGGGGUAUCCCUCUUACCAAAACGCGGCUUGCGGUCAGUCCCAAACACUUAUCGACCAAACAAGUCUUCCGGUGCAGCUCUCAUACGCCAGCCUUGAAGAUGCGGAAAGCGGCGCAGCCUCUUUGCACUAUCAACACGCAUGGUAUCCACAGUCCACCGUGCCAGAGACGCAAGAAGAAUGCACAUUCUGGGUCUCGCACCUGAUGGCUGCGAUACUAGACACUUCUUCCUGCCUAGAGAACCGCACCAAAGGUAGCUUCCCCAAGCGAUGGGCACCAUCAUCGUCAGGGCAGCGCAAUUCAUACUAUCAGCUCGAAGCGAUGGAGUUGACAUGCUGGAAACUGUUCGAUUGCGCCGUGAACCUGCACCGCCACGGCACCGCAGCACUGGCCGUGCACGACGACGGAGCGCUGCAGGACGUCACACAGCUCAAUCAGCAGCUGAGCUUCUCGCAGCGAGUGUGCGCUAUCUGCGAUCUUUUGCGGUCUUCAAAGACACGUUGUGACAAGCUCAUGAAGGGCGAGUUCCUGGCCAUGACAGUGGCGUGUCCGAAGGGUAAGCUCAAGGAUGUAGAGACGAAUGGUAAGAAUAAUAAGACCCGACAAGAGCUUCUUGAGAUGGGUCGGGAAACGAAGCGGCAGCGACUGGAGGCGCAUACACAGGAGCAGAUGGCGGUGGCAGGGUGGGGCAUGGAGCGGAAGCGGCAGGUGGACCUUAAUUGUGACGACGAUACGUACGCUGAGGAAAGCGCGCCACGUCGCAAGCGCCAGCGAAAGCAGUAGAAGAACUGAGAGGUUUCGUAUGUAUAGAGUGUCUAAAACUGGUGUGCAUGAAAUGUUAUGAACGG